AUGGUCGGAGGGGCGGAAGAGCUCGGCUGGCGCUGCCUUCCCUCGCUGCCCUCCGCGCCGACCCACCCCGGCUGCCUCGCCUGGUCCGCGCACGGCCAGCUCGCCAUCGUCGCCGGUCGCCGCGUCUACAUCCUUCCCGCGCGGCCAUCGACCGUCGGCCGCGGCGUCGUGCUGGCGAGCCGGCUGCUCGAGGGCGGGCAGCCGAACGACGCGAUGCCGUCGGCGCACAACGCCGGCGGCGGCAGCGGGAACCAGCGCGCACGCCGCAAGCCGAACGGCACGGGCGGCGUGGCGGCGGCGGCGGUAGUAGUCGACCUCACUGAGGAGCCCGAGGAGCGGUCGGCCGAGGAGAAGGGGUGGGAGGCGUGCCCGCCGCAGCUACUUGAGGCGACGUUCCGCUGCGUGGCGUGGUCGCCGCCGCUGCCCGCCGCGCCGCCGCGCUGCCUCCUCUGUGCCUCGGUCGCCCACCGAACAUGUAUCCUCAGGCCUCCGGCGUCGCGGUACGACGUCGAAUGGGAGGCGGAGGCGGAGGCGGAGGCGGAGGCGGAGGCGGAGGCGGAGGAGGAGGCGGAGGCGGAGGCGGAGGCGGAGGAGGAGGAGGCGGCGGCGGCGGCGGCGGAGGAGGCGGAGGCGGAGGGGCCCGAGGCGGCGGCGGCGGUGGCGGAGGCGGCGGAGGCGGAGGCGGAGGCGGAGGCGGAGGCGGAGGCGGAGGCGGAGGCGGAGGAGGAGGAGGAGGAGGCGGAGGAGGCGAGGCUCACCGUGCCGACGAGCGGUACGCCUGUACGGGCUGCGCCUGCCGCCCCGCGGCGGGUGGGGCAGCAGCGGCACGGCGGCGCGGCGCGGCGAGCGGCUGGCUGCGGCGGCGGUGGUGCAGCGGCGCGCUCGGCGGCGGCGGCGCGCUCGGCGGCGGCGGCGGCAGCGGAGCCGGCGGCAGCGGAGCCGGCGGCGGUGAAGCCGGCGGUGAAGCCGGCGGCGGAGCCGGCGGCGGAGCCGGCGGCGGAGGCGGCGGAGGCGGCGGAGGCGGCGGAGGCGGUGGAGGCGGUGGUGGCGGUGGAGGCGGUGGUGGUGGUGGAGGCGGCGGCGGAGGGGGCGGAGGCGGCGGAGGCGGUGGAGGCGGCGGAGGCGGUGGAGGCGGUGGAGGCGGUGGAGGCGGCGGAGGCGGUGGUGGGCUGGCAUUGGUAG